AUGGAAAACGCAACUGUUGUCGAUUCAGCCGAGGAGAAGAUGGCUCCCUCGGACUCGGAAAAGGCCGGCUCAACAGUCGAUGCCGGCCACUUCACCAACACAAACAACGCCGUCCGCAGCCUCACGACCCGCCUCGACCCUGCCGGCAACCCGCUGUCGCCGACGCCGACCAGCGACACGCUCGACCCGCUCAACUGGCCGCUGUGGCGCAAGUACGUGUGCAUCGCCAUUGCGUGCCUGUCGUACUUUUUGAUGACGUACCUCACGACGGCGCCCAUCCCGUCGUUUUUCCUGCUCGAGGCGCAGUUCGGCGCCACCUACAGCCAGACCAACUGGACGUUUGCCAUCUCGGCCUUUGGCCUGAUUUUCGGCCCGCUGCUGUCGGGCGGCCUGGCCGACAUCUACGGCCGCCGCAUCUGCAUGGUCGCCACCACGUCGGUGGCGCUGCUGGCGUCGGGCUGCACGGCCAUCCACGGCCAGCGCCUCGGCGCCUACAUGUUUGAGCGGUUCCUCCAGGGGCUGGGCGCCGGCUCGGCCUGCAACCUGGGCCUCAGCAUCAUCAACGACGUCUCGUUCCAGCACGAGCGCGGCCAGCGCGUCGGCCUCUGGGCCAUUGCCGCCAACAUGGGCACGUUUCUGGGCGGCGUCUUUGGCGGGUUCCUCGUGUCCGUCGACCAGUACUGGGUGGCGUACCAGGUCACGAUGGCGUACGCCGUGCUGUGGCUGCUGGCGGUGUUUGUGCUGCCGGAGACGCUGUACCCGCGGCGGCAGAUGCUGCGCAUCGAGUUUGGCGCGGCGGGCAGCGGCAGCAGCGUGGAAGCGCCGGCGCCGCGCACGCAGAAGCUGCCGUUCUUCAACGUCCGCCGGAUUGCCGGCCUGACGUACCCCGCGCUCUGCUCGCCGUGGGUCGUCGUCUUCCGCCUCUGGGCGUACCCGACCAUUGUGCUCAGCAUCUUGGCGUACGUCUACGCGCAGUACUGGUGGAUCAUUGCGCUCAUGACCAUGGAGCCGCUGGCGUACGAGGAGCGCUCGCCGCAGGUCCAGGGCCUGCUGUUCCUGGGGUUUGUCGUCGGCGUCCUCUUUGCCGAGGCCUUUUGCUCCGGCCACGCCAGCGACCGGCUCGUGCUCUUCCUCGUCAGCAAAGGCCCCGCCGGCGAGCGCACGCCCGAAAUGCGCCUCUGGCUCGGCUACCCGGCGGCCGUGCUGUCGGCCCUCGGCUGCGGCCUCUGGGGCCUGUCGGUGGACCGCGGGUGGCACUGGAUGGUGGGCCAGCUCCUCUUCUUCCUCUACGCCGUGGGCCUGCAGAUUGGCAACACCGUCUUGACCACGUACAUGGUCGACAACUACCCGACCUACGCCAACGAGCUGUCCAUUUUCUACUCGUGCAUCAUCAAUUUGUCCGCGUUCCUGGUUCCCUGGUUCAUCUACGCGUGGGUCGAGUUCAGCGGCUACACGUGGUCCUUUGCCGUCCAGGGCAUCCUGUGUGUGCUCGUCAUUCCCGCCUACGCCGUCCUGCAGAAGUACGGUGCCCAGUGGCGCAAGCCGGCCAACUUUGGUGUCUACAGCGAGGACGAGUACGACCCGACCGUCUCUGUAGGCGUGUAA